UCCACUGACGUGUUUGUCAAUUCCUGUUUCAUUGCUAAUCCUAUAGAGUAAGUUUUAAUAUCCAGUAGGGAAAACUCCCCCGUUUGGAUAAUCCCUCGCAUUUUCUCUUCAAGGUCAUUUUAUACCCCAGGUACUGGUUCCAAGUAUACACUCAAAUUCCUGUUGUGGUUUAUGAUUGCGAUCACACUGAAAUCACACAUUUAGAGGGGAAUUUAGAGCAGAAUCGAUAACAUUUCAAAGAUUAGCCUUCCUUUCCCCCCCCAAAAUAAAUAAAAAUGUUAUUUCAGUGUCCAAACAGGAAGCUCAUGAAAAGGUUCAUGGACAUUUUCCCUAGGUUUUUUUUUUUUAAGUUAAUUAUAUUUGUAGGUAUUUUACAAUGCUCAUGACGUGUUUGAAUAAGACAUUUUCCUUGUGUUGUAUUUCCUAAUAGAAGUGUCUACAAAACUUAUUUUCUUAUGUGUUUAACUGAUGUCAGCCAACCUCUCCUGAUCUACUUCCUGGGUGUUUACUUUGGUUCUCCUAAGAAGGAAAUCCAUUAAGACAAAGGCAGUUUUGCCACUGUCUUGUGUUAGUCGGACACUAAUAAUAGUUCUCAUCCCUUUCUGAGGUCUUUUAGAGACUGAACUCUGGAUCUUAGUGUCUUGACGUGGUUCUACUAGGUUUGGGACGAUAGCUUGGAGGCUGGGCCCUCCCUGCCUCUCAGGCAAAGGAGGUCUGACCUGGUUCUCAUAGUCCUCAACUAAUCCAGGUGUCACUGAAUGUGGGUGACAACUGACCCCCCCCCCCUCCCCCGGCCCCGGCACCACUGGCCCACUUGCAGUUUUCAGCCGUGAACCGGUAGUAACCAAGGUGAUCGUGUCCCGCGCUCGGAACUUGCGUGUGGUCAAAAGGUUCUGAGAGCCAUUGUGAGUCACCGUGACACCUCUGGGCUUAGCCAGUCAGGCCCUGGGGCUCAGGGCAGGAAGGAUAAGACAAGGAGGAGAAGAAUCCUCUCUCUCACUCCUUGACCUCUCUUCCAGACGUUCCUGAAGCGAGCUCGGUGGUCUGAGAGGGAACAAGGCAGAUAAAGCGAUCUCUGAGGACUACCCUGGAAACAGGAGUCGUGCUCCUUCGUGAAGCCGUCUGUGGCGUCAGCGAGUGAUGGAGAAAGAAAAACCUGAAGUGAAACCCAGCACACCCGCACCCAGCAACGAGGAGAAGACAACUAGACCCUCAAGACGCCCCAGGCCUUCCCAAAAUGUCCUGUGCUUUUUACUGAAUAGGCAGCUGGGGAGGCACAGAAGUGACGUGGACCUGUCCAUGUGGGUGUGGAUGCUGGACUGAGCCACGCCCCGGUGCAGGUGGCCCCUUCCAAACAACCAUGGGUCUUGCCUGCUCACCCCCACCCCCGCCCCCACCUCUUGAAAAUGCGAAAGAAAAAUUGAUUUAAAAUAACAAACACCUCUCUCGUGUCAGCUCUUGAAAUAAAAGCUGCGUUUUCCUCCUUUUGG